AUGAGCCAGAAAACUGAGCAAGAUGACAUUCCGCUCGCUGAUGACGAUGAUACCGUGACUAUCAUCAGCGGUGGAAAGACUCCAAGAGCGGCACAACCAUUGCCAAAAGAAGAGCCACCAGAGGAUCCAGAAGAGAAAGCGAGACUUAUCACUCAGGUUCUGGAGCUUCAGAACACACUUGAUGAUCUCUCACAACGUGUUGAAUCGGUGAAGGAAGAAAGUCUAAAGCUACGAUCAGAAAAUCAAGUUCUGGGACAGUACAUCCAAAACCUGAUGGCGUCUUCGUCUGUAUUCCAGUCUUCACAGCCACCACGGCCGAAGCAGUAG